GGGCUGUAAAAGGCGGCGUGCGGAGGUGGAGUCCGGACUUCCCCGCCGCGCGGUCAGAAGCCAGGCGGCCCCGCAGUCGGCCGGGCCGGGAUGAACGCGCCGGGGGCCGCCGCCGCCGCCGCCAGGGGCUCGGAGUCCCAGAAAUCCUGGAUUGAAGGAGUGUUCAACAAGAGAGAAUGUAGCAAGGUCAUCCCCAGUUCCAAAGACCCCCACAGAUGUGCUCCAGGCUGUCAAGUGUGCCAGAACUUAAUCAGAUGCUACUGUGGCCGAUUGGUUCAAGACCAUCAUGGGAUAAGUUACAACUGGACCUUCUCCACUGCCAAGGAUAAUGAAAAUGAACAGUGGUCUGUUGAAAAACACACGGUGAAAAGCCCUACGGAUGCCUUUGGUACUAUUAAUUUCCAAGACGGAGAGCACACCUACCACUCCAAGUACAUCCGCACUUCCUAUGACACCAGGAUGGAUCAUCUGUUACAUUUGAUGCUGGAAGAGUGGAAGAUGGAGUUGCCCAAGCUGGUGAUCUCUGUCCACGGAGGCGUCCAGAACUUUAAGAUGCCCUCCAAGCUUAACAAGGUCUUCAGCGAGGGUUUGGUCAAAGCCGCGGAGACGACGGGAGCGUGGAUUCUGACGGAAGGCGUCAACAUGGGAGUUUCCAAGCAUGUUGGGAAUGCCCUGAAAGCUCAUUCCUCUAAGUCCUUGAGAAAAAUCUGUACAGUUGGAAUUCCUCCUUGGGGCGUCAUUGAGAACCAGAGAGAUCUUACUGGAAAAAAUGUGGUGUGCAUGUACCAGGCGCUGGGGAACCCCAUCAGCAAGCUCACCACCCUCAACUGCAUGCACUCCCACUUCAUCCUGGCUGACGAUGGCACCGUGGGCAAGUACGGGAAUGAACUGAAGCUCAGGAGGAACCUGGAGAAGCACCUGUCCCUGCAGAAGCUACACAGCUGCUCAAGACAAGGCGUGCCCGUGGUGGGGCUGGUGGUGGAAGGAGGCCCCAACGUCAUCCUCUCGGUGUCAGAGAUGGUGAAGGACAAACAGCCCGUGGUCGUGUGCGAAGGCACAGGCAGAGCCGCCGACAUCCUGGCCUUCACCCACAAGCACUUAGUGGAUGAGGGAAGGCUGUGUGUCCAGGUAAAGGAGAAGAUCAUCUCUAUGAUUCAGAAUGCUUUCAACUUCAGUCUCAAACAGUCCACGCACCUUUUUAAGAUUCUAAUGGAGUGUAUGGCCCACAAGAAUUCUAUCACUGUCUUUGACGCUGACUCUGAGGAGCAGCGAGACCUGGACUUGGUGAUCCUGACUGCGCUGCUGGAGGGCACGAGUUUAUCAGCAUCAGAGCAACUAAAUCUAGCAAUGGCUUGGGACCGAGUAGACAUCGCUAAGAAGCAUAUCCUCAUUUGCGGGCAGCACUGGAAGCCUGACAUGCUGGAACAAGCAAUGCUAGAUGCUUUAGUGAUGGAUCGAGUGGAUUUUGUGAAGCUCUUGAUUGAAAACGGAGUGAAUCUCCAUCACUUCCUUACCGUCCACCGCUUGGAGGAACUCUAUAAUACGAAACAAGGGCCAACAAAUAUGCUUUUGCAUCAUCUUGUCCAAGACGUGAAACAGCAUACCCUCCUUUCUGGCUAUAAAAUAACACUGAUUGACAUUGGACUGGUAAUAGAGUACCUUAUUGGUGGAGCCUACCGCAGCAGCUACACUAGGAAAACUUUCAGGAUCCUGUACAACCCCCUCUACAGAAAACGCAAGAGUGUGACCAGCUUGGCUCCGAGCUUUUCCCAGCACCCACUUUACCGGAGGCGCUCCUCGGAAAGUAGAAGAGAGUCCACAGAAAGCACACUGCAUUCCCAGUUCUUCAGAAUGGCCCAACCUUACCAGCCCAAGGAAAAAUCUGGGGUCCCUCACAAAUCUAGGCACAAGUCAAAAGAAAGACUAGAUGUACCAGCUGACCUUGAGUCCAUUGGCUUUACUUACCCGUACAAUGACCUGCUGGUUUGGGCAGUGCUAAUGAAGAGGCAGAAGAUGGCUAUGUUCUUUUGGCAGCGCGGUACGGAGGCCACAGUGAAGGCUGUGAUUGCUUGUAUCCUCUACAGAGCAAUGGCCCAUGAAGCUAAGGAGAGCAACAUGGUGGACGACACCUCCGAGGAGCUGAAAAGUUACUCAAAGGAGUUUGGCCAGUUGGCCCUGGACGUGCUGGAAAAAGCAUUUAAGCAGAACGAGCCCAUGGCCAUGAAGCUCUUGACCUACGAACUUAAGAACUGGAGCAAUUCCACCUGCCUGAAGCUGGCGGCGUCUGGGGGGCUGCGCCCUUUCGUCUCGCACUCCUGCACGCAGAUGCUGCUGACUGACAUGUGGGUGGGGCGGCUGAAGCUGCGGAAGCACGCCUGGCUGAAGAUCAUCACAAGUAUUCUUUUACCGCCCACCAUUUUGACCCUGGAAUUUAAAAGCAAAGCUGAGAUGUCGCACGUCCCGCAGUCCCAGGACUUCCAGUUUACAUGGUAUUCCACCGAGCAGAACGCCAGCACUACCAAAGAAAGCGCUUGCCCGAAAGACAGUGAUUUGGAAAGGGGCCCUGAUGAGAAACUGGAUGAAAACCAGCACUUUGAUCUAAGGAGUGAGCCCCAGAGUCUUCCCUGGACCAGGAAAGUGUAUGAGUUCUACAGCGCCCCUAUUGUCAAGUUUUGGUUUUACACGAUGGCAUACUUGGCAUUCCUCAUGCUGUUUACUUACACUGUGUUGGUGGAGAUGCAGCCCCAACCCAGCGUGCAAGAGUGGCUUGUUAUCACUUAUAUCUUCUCCAGUGCUAUUGAGAAAGUCAGGGAGAUAUGUAUUUCAGAACCGGAGAAGUUGACGCAGAAGUUGAAGGUGUGGCUGAGUGAGUACUGGAACCUAAUGGAAACUGUGGCCAUUGGUCUGUUUGCAGUUGGUUUUUGCCUCCGGUGGGGUGACCCUCCUUUUCACACAGCGGGGCGACUCAUCUACUGCAUAGACACCAUUUUCUGGUUCUCCCGGCUCUUGGACUUCUUUGCCGUCAAUCAGCACGCAGGUCCUUAUGUCACUAUGAUCGCCAAGAUGAGUGCGAACAUGUUCUACAUUGUGAUCAUAAUGGCCAUCGUCCUGCUGAGCUUCGGGGUGGCCCGCAAAGCUAUCCUUUCCCCACAUGAGCCUCCUUCUUGGAAACUCGCUCGAGAUGUUGUGUUUGAACCAUAUUGGAUGAUGUACGGGGAGGUCUACGCUUCGGAGAUAGAUGUCUGUGAGGAGGACCCCUUGUGCCCACCGGGCUCCUUCCUCACCCCGUUCCUGCAGGCCGUCUACCUUUUCGUGCAGUACAUCAUCAUGGUGAACCUGCUGAUUGCCUUCUUCAACAACGUGUACCUGGAGAUGCGGGCCUUCUCACACAACCUAUGGCAGUUCAACCGCUACCGCUACACCAUGACCUACCACAAGAAGCCCCUGCUGCCGCCGCCGCUCAUCCUGCUCAGCCACCUGGGCCUGCUGCUCCGCAGGCUGUGCCGCCGCCGGGCCCCGAGGGACCGUGACGCGGGCGACCUUGGGCUGAAACUGUACCUGAGUACAGAGGAUCUGAAAAAGCUUCACGAUUUUGAAGAGCAGUGUGUGGAAAAAUACUUCCAUGAGAAAAUGGAGCACCAGAAUUGCAGUUUUGAGGAACGAAUCCGCAUGACGUCCGACAGGGUUGCAGAAAUGUAUUUCCAACUGAAAGAAAUGAAUGAAAAGGUGUCUUUUGUAAAGGAUUCCCUACUGUCUCUGGACAGCCAAGUGGGGCACCUGCAGGACCUCUCCGCCUUUACUGUGGAUACUCUAAAGGUGCUUUCUGCAGUGGACACAUUGCAAGAGGAUGAGGGUCUUCUGGCCAACAGGAAGCGUGUGGCUGGCAGAAAAAUUCCCCACAGCUGGAACAAUGUCAUUUGUACAGAGCUCUCGGACAGCACAGAGAUGGCUGGAGAGAUGAAAUACCGAUAUUACAGUAUGCCCCCGUCUUUGCUACGGAGCCUGGCUAGGAGCCAGUUGCCCUCGAGGAUGCAGAGGGGAGCCCUUGUUGAGAUUAUGGAUAGUCAGACAGACGCCUCCAAUGUAAGAGAUGACUUGGAGGAACAAGAAGCAGAAAAGCACACAGUUGCUCCUGGGCUGUCCCCAAGUAGGCAUGCAAAUUCAAAAUAUGGCCAGUUUCUCCUGGUUCCUUCUGAUCUAAAGCAAGUUCCUUCUUACGAAGAAGCUUCCUUGCCUCUGUCCAAAGUAUCAGUGAAAGCAGACACAGAUGUCCUAGAAAAUGAACAAACCCUGCAGAAUGGGGUCCCUGUUUCUCUGACCAGGCAGACCCCAGCUGCCUCUGGCCAGUUGUCAGUGACUGAACCCAAAAAGCUGCAGGAGCCAGUUGCUGAGAUGCCAGACAAGCCAGACGAAGAGGAGCAGGUUCAGUCCACUGCAAUUGGUGCACCUGUACGCACGACAGUGACCUCUGUCUCUUCCCAGCCAAAGAGCAUGCAUUCUGGAGAUGGGUAUGUGAACUUGGCAUUUUCGGAAGGUGAUGAAACCGGUGUGUUCAGCUUCAAAAGCAAGUGCCAGGCCUGCUUGCCUUCCUCUGGUAGCAGAGACUCCAUUCAGAGCAUGCUGUAUCCUAGGGAGGCUCAAGGCAGCUGUUUGUCUGAGAACUCAACAAGCCUGUACCAAAGUAGUGACUGGUCAGAGAUGAUGCCUCCAUGGCUCCAGCCAGGUAGAUCCUUCUGGAUCAACCCUCUCCACAGGAACAGGCCCUUCACCAGGAGUCACAGUUUCAGAUUCCACAAGAAGGAGAAACUGAUGAAGAUCGAUAAGAUUAAAAGUUUUUCAAGACCCUCAGAGAUAGGAUCAUCAUGGAUCAAAGCAAGAAUGCUCUUGAAAGAUAGGAGAUUGUCAAAGAAAAAGAAAAAAACAGAAGACCUACAGCUGCCAAUCAUAACAAUCAGUACCUGCUCUCAAAAUGACCAGUCGGAUUCACAGCCAGAAGAAAAUAACAUCUCAGAAGACGAGGGCAGCAAGAAGUGGCUUACCGUGUCCAAGUUCAGCCAGAUCAGUCUCGAACCUUAUCUAUGUCAGAAGAUGAAAAACAGGGAAAUUGAGCAGCAAGCUGUAAAAGUCAAGGAUUACCUAAUGUGGUCUCAAGAGGAUCUGAGGGAAAGUACCCCAUGGAAGUCUGGGGACGCCAGCAUUGCUAGGAAAGCCCCGUUGAGACGUUCAAGUAGAGCUGACAAGAUCUCAGCAGCCUUAAAAAGCCCUGCAGAGCCGCACCACUAUUCAGCCAUCGAAAGGAAUAAUUUAAUGAGGCUUUCUCAGACCAUACCAUUUACACCAAUCCAACUGUUCGCAGGAGAAGAAGUGACGGUCUACAGGCUGGAGGAGAGCUCCCCUCUGAACCUUGACAAAAGCAUGUCAUCCUGGUCCCAGCAUGGGCGAGCUGCGAUGAUCCAAGUGCUGUCCCAGGAGGAGAUGGAUGGAGGCCUCCGCAAAGCCAUGCGAGUCAUCAGCACCUGGUCUGAGGAUGAGGUCCUCAAGCCGGGGCAGGUUUUCAUUGUGAAGUCCUUUCUUCCCGAAGUGGUGCGCAUGUGGCGCGAUAUCUUCCAGGAAAGCACGGUGCUUCAUCUUUGCCUCCGGGAGAUUCAGCAGCAAAGAGCUGCUCAGAAACUGAUCUAUACCUUCAACCAAGUGAAACCACACACCAUCCCCUACACGCCAAGGUUCCUGGACGUUUUCUUGAUCUACUGCCAUUCAGCUGACCAGUGGCUGACCGUUGAGAAGUAUAUGACAGGGGAGUUUCGGAAGUACAACAACAACAACGGAGAUGAAAUCACCCCCAGCAACACCCUGGAGGAGCUAAUGUUGGCUUUCUCUCACUGGACCUACGAGUACACGAGGGGAGAGCUGCUGGUUUUAGAUUUGCAAGGUGUUGGGGAAAAUCUGACAGAUCCAUCUGUUAUAAAACCUGAAGACAAACAAUCAAGAGGAAUGGUGUUUGGGCCAGCCAAUCUGGGGGAAGAUGCAAUUAGAAACUUCAUUGCAAAACAUCGCUGCAACUCCUGCUGCCGGAAACUCAGACUCCCGGAUUUAAAAAGAAACGACUAUUGCCCUGGGAGGAUAAAUUCCAGCUUUGCACCUGAGAAGGACGCAGAGCCAGCUGAGGGGUGCCCGGUGAGUGGAGCUUCCUCAGAAGAUCAAACACGACUCUGAGGAGAGGAGCAAGAAGAUGAUGGCUGCCACCUUGGCGUGAACACAGUGGUGACACAGAUUAGUGGACAUAGAGCUUCUGCUAGGGCAGCCUCACGAGUGGGCUGUGCCCUCUGAGCCUCACAACUCACACUGCCCAGAGACUUCGGUGGUUUCUGAGGAAUGGGUUUGCCUAGAUACUGACCUCUGCACAUCCUGAGGGUCUACAGGAAGAUACCAGGGCCACUCAGCUGGCAAGACUGUUCCUCUAUACCUCACUGUUCUCCUUGGGAGCAGAAUCCUGUGCACUGAAGAACCAGGCGCAUGAAUUUAACUUAUUUUCUCACUGUGCGUGCAGACUUUGGCCCCUGUUGUUGUUCACCACCUUACCUCCAGAUUGUACUUUUGUGUGUGUAUAUAUAUAUAUAUAUAUAUAUAUAUACACAUAUGUACAUUAAAAGGUUCUUUGAGUUCCUA